AUGGAAGAAGCAAAGGUGAGUGAUUAAGAGGUUUCUCGAUUAAUUUUCAACAUUUUACAGGUAAAAGGUUGGUGGGAAUUACCACGAGAAAUACGAGAAAUGAUAAUCAACGAAAUGAAUCUGGAAACACAUUGUCAAUUCAGGAAAUGCUCUUGGCAAUGUUAUAUAGAAUCAAUGAACUCAGAAAUCUUGACAAAUCAAACUUUCGAAAUCAAUUUAAGAAUGCGCAAAAACUUGAGAAUCUUUCGAUACGAGCUGAGAAUCACGAGAAAGAUGCCGACUUUUUUUGGACUGCCAACUCAUUUUCCAUGCACUUUGAGAUUCACAUCACUUCCCGAAAAAUAUACAAAAGUUGUAUGUCAAAAGUAUCGAGUAGGAGAUGCUCAAACUUGCUGGGAAACUAAAGAAAAAGGAAAACCUCUUGAUAUUGUGAUGGAUUACUUGAAGAAAUAUUUAUCAAGAUUUGAAAGAAUCACUGAUUGCAUUGAAAUAGAUGUAGAUUCCCAUUCAAUGUCAAGAAUUAUGGAAGAAAUCAAAAUUCGACACGCGAUGCAACUUAAAUCUUUCCUAAUUCAUCAAAACACUAAAAAAUGCAUGCUAGAAUCCGGAUUUAUUGAUUUCCAUCAACUCAAAGUUGUAUCAUUUUGCAUUCAAAUUCCCAAUACAAAAAUCGAUGUCGAUCAAUUAACCCAAUUGAAUGCGCAACAAAUUAUAAUUAAUAAAACAACAAUUUGGAAUGCUGAACAAAUUAAAAAACUGGCAGAUUAUUGGAUAACCGGCAGAAUCAAUCGAAAUACUCAAAUCAUUUUUAUUAAUGGUAAUUUCGAAGCCGAAGCUCGUAAUCCAAUCAUAAAUUCAAGAAAUAAGUAAGUUUUUCUUCAGAAGACUUGUAAUUAUAUUUGUAUUUUCAGAGCUCUUCCAUACAGCUACAAGUUGCCUGAUAAUGAAGAUCUCAAAAAAGGCGCAAAUAUCAGAAUUGGUGGAUUUGGCGUCGAAUUAUUUAUCCACACUCUCGAACAAUACGAGGAAUGGUGA